CGCUUAAUUGUUAUCUAUUGAUAAAGCAGUGUUCUAGCUAAUCCUGCGCAUAGUUCUAUAUUCUACAAUAAUCUACAAACCUAGCGUUUGAAAGAUCUCGUCAUGUUUCUGUCUUUUGGAGCCUGCAUUGCAUUAGAGAUGGUGUUGUUUGUUUUUGCAAACGACUCUAGCCAAAUUGACGAAACUACUGCAAUUUUACAAAAAUUCAAGACUUUGGAAAAAGAAGUGUCUAUGCUCAAACAGAGAGAACUAAAGACUUCAGAAGAAAUUUCCAUGCUUAAACAGAGAGAACUCAAGACUCUGGAAGAAGUAUCCAUGCUUAAACAAAUGCUGAACUCCUGUCAAGGUGCCUGGAACGAGUUUUCUAAAUCGAACCCAGGGAUGAGAAGGGGGCGUUUAGUUCCUGAAGGGCGGCAAUCACAAAUUGCUUUUCAUACCCACCUAACACACAACAUCAACAACCUCGGAGUGCACCAGGCCAUUGAGUUCGAUAAGGUUCUUUUGAAUGAGGGGAACGGAUAUUCAGUUUAUACCGGACAUUUCGUCGCCCCGGUUUCCGGUCUCUACGUCUUUGCCUGGACCAUUUCGUCCGGGGACUAUACAUGCAUUGUAUAUGACGUGGUAAAGAACAAUGAAAUUUUGGUACAUUUCAUAAGCGAUGCAGCUGACCACAAUGAUUGGGCCGUGUCGUCAGGGACCGCUGUUACCCGGAUGAACUCAGGAGAUCGUGUCUGGAUACGAGUUUCCGAUAUACAUGUCCCUUGUUCACACACUGUGUAUGGGGCUGGUCUCGGUACUUCUUCGUUUGCUGGAUAUCUUCUAAAUUAGCAAAUACGUGUAUCAUCACAUAUAAUAAAGCAAAUCAAACAUGGGCA